AUGUCUAUUGAAAUUAAGCUUGACGACUGGCGAGGAAUUUUGAUGUUCUUAUGUGCAAUACUCACACGAUCAUACUCAUCUCCUCCAAAAUCAUCGAUAUUAAUUAUCACUACCUUCAGCAUAAAAACCACUCCUAUUCUUCAAAUCUGCGACAGACGUGGCGAACGUAACCAUUUAUUUCAGCCCAUACAGAUGAUUAACGUGUCAACUCUGUAUCUCAACAAAAUCGUGGCGACUGCUGAAAUCGAUCAUGCUGUUUCCGUCGACUUCAAAGCUUCCGAUUUUAAUGCUGUUCUACAAAGCUGA